GUGUUAAUAAGGCGAAGUGGGGCUGAGCAUCUCAGUCGUCUUCUAAUCUGUGUUAUCAACAAACAAAAAAGGGGACUGGGAGCUCUGAGAAGCUUCUGCUCUUCAGAAAAAGAGUAAGUCCUCCAAAGCCCAGAUAAGUUACUUGCUUGUAUGCCAUCCCACAAAUAUCAUCUUGGCAGCUAUGGGUGAAUAUAGCCGCUUUAUAGACUGGGAUAAGAUGGAUGCUACAAUUCAGGACCAAGAUGCAAAGGAACUUACCAGCACAGAAUUUCAAGACUUGAAACAAUUGGCUCGGCAAGGGUAUUGGGCAAAGAAUCAUUCCUUAAGAGCAAAAGUUUAUCAUAAACUGAUUAAUGAUAUUCCUUGCCGCACAGUGACUCCAGAUGCCCAUGUCUACCGGGACAUAGUGGUGAAAAUUGUUGGCAAACGUAACAGCAGCACACUUCCACUUCCAGAAUUUGUAGAUAAUAGCCUUGUUCCAACUUACUGUUUGAAUGCGGAGGGUAUUGGGGCAGUUAGGAAAAUAAUUUCAUGCAUUGCAAGCCAGUUCCCAGACAUAUCAUUCUGCCCAGCUCUGCCAUCCGUGGUGGCUCUUCUCCUCCAUUACAGUCGAGAUGAAGCAGAGUGUUUUGAGAAAGUUUGUCGCAUCCUUGCCUGCAAUGAUCCAUCCAAGCACUUCAUUGACCAGACGUUCUUGGCUUUUGAGUCAUCUUGCAUGACUUUCGGCGAUCUAGUUAACAAAUACUGUCAGGCGGCUCACAAGCUAAUGGUGGCAGUCUCAGAGGAUGUGCUAGAAGUAUAUUCGGACUGGCAACGCUGGCUUUUUGGGGAACUGCCUAUGACUUACAUUGCACGAGUCUUUGAUGUAUUCUUGGUAGAGGGCUACAAGGUGCUUUACCGUGUUGCACUGGCUCUCCUCAAAUUCUUCCAUAAAGUCAGAGUUGGGCAGACAAUGGAGUCGGACAACGUACAGCAGGACAUCCGAGCUUUUGUUAGAGAUAUUGCGAAGUCAGUCUCGCCCGAGAAACUGCUAGAGAAAGCUUUCGCAAUUCGGCUCUUCUCACGCAAGGAGAUUCAGCUUUUGCAGAUGGCCAAUGAGAAAGCCCUUCAGCAAAAAGGCAUAACAGUCAAGCAGAAGAGCAUUGCAUCCCCCAAAAGACAAAACGUCCAUUUGGCUGUUCAUGCUGAGAACUUCAAAUCUGAAAUUGUCGACGUCAAGAAGAUGAGAGACAUCUGGUCAUGGAUUCCGGAACGCUUUGCACUGUGCCAGCCACUCUUGCUUUUCACCACCUCAGAGCAUGGCUGCAGCCUAAGCAGGUUCUAUUCACAUUGUGAGGGACAUGAACCAACUCUACUUCUCAUUAAGACCACCACUCAAGAGGUCUGUGGUGCUUAUUUAUCAACUGACUGGAGUGAACGCAGACGAGGAGGAAACAAGCUGAGUUUCUUUGGGACAGGAGAAUGCUUUGUGUUCCGACUGGUGCCUGAAGUGGAACGUUAUGAGUGGGUGAUAAUAAAGCACCCAGAACUCGCUCUGACUGGAUCAGAACAAGGAAACAAUUCUUCCAAGAUAUCGGACCCGCCAUCCUCCACCAGCCUCCCCUCUGAUCCUUCAGAUCGUCUUUCCCCCUUCCUUUCUGCCCGGCACUUCAACCUGCCUUCCAAAGCCGCAUCCAUGUUCAUGGCUGGUGACGUUGAAUGUAUCAUCAUAGGAGGCGGCGAUGGUCAGGCGCUCUACAUUGACGCAGACCUAAACCAUGGAAGAACUAGCCACUGCAACACUUUCAACAACCAGCCACUGUGCUCUGAAAGCUUCCAAAUAGCCAUCAUGGAGGCCUGGGGUUUCAAGGACACUAUGAGCAGUUGAGGAGGCCGCCUCUCCAAAGCAACCCUUACCAUUCUGAGCCGAACUCUGACUGCAGGAGGAGCCAAGCUAACUUUUGGACCCACAAAAUCACUAGGCUCCAUUGCCAUUCAGAGAGCUCAUUUAAGGGGCUCAGUUAGAUGCGGGGUGUAGUUGUUUUGCUGAUGUAUUCUGCAUAUGCAGUUUCUGUUGAGCUCAGUCAUUCAUCCUUAGCCACUUUCUCUUACUCUGUGGACCUUGGUGCAUAUCCUAAUGUUUCUGGUAACAAGAACUUGGCCUCACUUCAGUAACCCAGCUGAUGCAGAGCUGCUACAGAGUUAUGGCUUUGGAAGGCCGGAUGCGUUUCUGAUCCUUGCAAAUGUAUGUUGAUAGCUGGCUUCAACCAGCAGCAUAUGUUUUCCUGUUCUGCAGAAGUUUCCUAUUCUUACAAAUGUGAGCUUGGAUCCCAAGUGACUUGCAUGCAGUCAGGACUAGAUCAUGUUGCCGAUGUGUCUCCCCUCUUCCAACCCAGCCACCUGCCUACUGCACCAUUCCGGGUCCUCUGAUCCUCAAGGGGCUGCAGUAGGAAAAGGGAGGCAGGAAAGCCACAUAACUCGUGUGCAGAGCAGUGCAUUUGGAUCUCCUGAACCUCGACAUUGAUUUCUAGAACCUGAUCCUUUAAAGAACCUGUUUAAAAGUGUGUGUGUGUGUGUGUGUGUGUGUGUGUGUGCGCCUGGCAACCGGCUGUUGUACUGAUGGCCAGUCCAUUUAACAUUCCUGAGUAUGUGAAGUGAGGCGAGUAGCUUCGAGUUAGCACUGCUACCGUUGAAUGCAGCACACGGACACCCUACAUUUCUGUUUACAUUCCUGGUAUCAUGAAUAAUAUCAUGGUUUUGGGGGUGGGGGUAGAUUGAGGCAGCUAAAGGCCCUAGCAGUAUAUAAAACGCACAGAACUGUUUCUCCCUUGGCUCCGCAGCUGUUGUGCUUGAAGACCCUGGGGGAGCUUAAGAAACAGUAUUAGCCAGCUGAUCGAGAAUUGCGGCAUGGUCUUCCGAGGAAGGUUCGUGUACAUGGCUAGGCAAAAAGCUAAUGCGUUUGUCAGUCUUCCCCAUGACUUCUGUGUGGCUGUUUCUUCUAGAGACGUUAGGAGGGUCUCCCUGCUCAGCAAGUUGACAGCUGCCCGGUAAAUGAAGAGUUCUGCAGUCUCUGCCUGUUUCUUUAUCAGGGGCCUCCUCCUCGCACAGGUUGCUUACCAGGUAAGCAGAGUCAGCCACUAGGUGCGUCUUACUCUUGGGCUGCUGCUUCUCUACCCUGGGUGGCUGUGAGCAAUGCCUGCACCUAGUUAAAGGAUACAGAUGCAGCAUCUGGCCGGCUGGGGAGACUUGGAUAUUUUUCACAAUUCCUAAUCAGCCCAAGCGUUGGCAGCAGGAAACUGCCAUGUGAGCAAGAAGAGGUGUAACCUGGAAGCUGGAAGCUGGAAAGUAGUCUCUACCGGAGAGAAACCUGCAUCAUAACAUUGGGCUCUAUCGCCCGGUGGCCUGACGGACUGCAGCAGCGCUUGGGACGGGCGAACCGGAGUGACCCGUGGAAGGAGGCUGUCUCGGGAGGGAGCCGCAUCCUGGAGCGCCGGGUCCUGAGUGCAGCGUCUCAGCCCCGGAGAGGAAGCAUCUGUGCGGAAGCAAGGCAAUCACUUGUGUAAGUGCCAUGUUUAUCACAUUAUGUCAGUUCAGCUCCUCCGUUGCCACUGAAGCCAACCAAGGUCAGCAAAAGGACCCUGAUUCCUGGGAUGGGGCCCUUUUGCAAAGGCUCAGCUGGGAGCUAAAGCCCAGGGGGAAACCCUCUAGGAGGUUGAUCCUCCUGAAGCCCGUCUCUAACAGAGAUUCUUUUUUUUCUUCCUUUUUUUAAGAUAUUCCUAGAACCAAACUCCUGAGUAAAAGAGUAAAUAACACUGUGUGCCCACCAGCCAGCAGACCAAUAAUACCUCCAUUUCAUGUCAUGUAUUAGAAUAAUUAACAAUAGGUAAUAUAUUCCAAUUAUACCCAUCUCCCCUCCAAAACUAUCACAUAAUCUUGAUUAGGCUUACAACUUUUACCUUUGCUUUUUCAAGGUAAAUCUUCCCAAAUUUCAUUAUAUGUAUUUGCUUUUAUUAACCCUUUUUUAAGUUUUAUUUCUGAUGUCAGUUUACCAUUAACAACCACAUUCCUUAUUCCAUAUUCCUUACCAUUUAUGCCUUUGCAUAACCCAAUUCUGUUUCCAAUAUUGCACUAUCGCUAACCUGGCUGCCAUUAUCAAACUUUAGAUCAAUUCUUUCUAGCCUUCAUUGAUAUCUUGUUUUUCAGUCAACAGCAGUAACACAACUCUUGGUGUCAUUUCUAAAUUUAGCUCUAAAAUUUCUCUAAUUUCAAGAAACACCAUGAUCCAAACACACCUCCAACAUAUAUUGGAAUAUUUAUCAUCAAUUUUUUUAACUUACCUGCUGUUUAGUGCCAUCUCCAUAUCUCUUUAUAUCCAUGUUCUUUCGUUCUGACAUAUUCUUAUAUCCUCUUCUAUUCCAAAUAGCCUUCCCAUCCUUGCCUUUUAUUUCACCUACAUCCAGUUCCCACAUUGAGUUUAAACUUUUUGUCUGAUCCCCUAACUCUAUUAAUAGCCUAUGAAUGUUACCAACUCUUCCUUUGCUUGCAUAUUCUUCCUUAAUCUCACAUUCUUUCAUAAUCGUUCCAAAUUUUGUGAAUUGUCUUUCUUCCUUGUUCAAUUUAUCCUCCAUCUUUAUCCAUUUGUCUAAUUGAAUUAAGCUGGAUCAAUUUAGUUUGGCCUCUGCCAAUCUACUCCUUAACUGUGUUAUAUUUUAUCUUAUUUUUCCAAUCUAACCAUUUAUAUAUCUGAUUAUUUUUUUUAAUUUAUUCAUCCAAUCCUUUGAUUCUACUUUUGGGAAUUACUCCAUUUCGACCACUGGUGUUAAUGGAGAAAUUCCCUGAAUUAACUGCUGUCCCCAUGUUUCUAUCAUAUUUUUUAAGAAGGGAUUGUGAACUCUCUAAAUAAUCUUUUUUACCUCCUUUUUCAACAAGUACGUCCCGAAGUGAUCACCUACUUCCCUUAAUUCUUUUAAUUCAAUAUCUCUUUGCUCUCUUCCCUCCAUUACAAUAAACCUCCAAUAACUUCUGCAUUUGCUUUGAUUCUGGAUCGUAGAACCUACUCGCAAUCAUCCAAAAUAAAAUAAUCAUCAUCAUCUUUGGCAGAAUUUUCAUUUUUGCUACUGCCGUUCUUCUGAACCAUGAUCAUUUUACCUUUCCUAUUUUAUCUUUUAUAUCCUCCUUUCACCUUUCAUAAUUUUUCUUCUGUCAUUCUUGACUAUUCUUUGGAAUAUCAAUUCCUAAGUCUCAAAUGCUUUCUACUAUUUUUAAUUUCUACUUUUCCUUGAAUAAAUCCAAUUCUUCACUACUAUGAUUAUCUAAUAUCAUUUCUGAUUUUCCCCAAUUUGCUUGCAUCCCACUAUCUUUUCCAAAUUCCUUUAAAUGUGUAUAUAUUAUGUCUAUUGCAAUCAUUGGAUCUUGAAAUGUUAGCAAUGUAUCAUCUGCAAAUACAUUAAUUUUGAUUUUCAGACAUGCUCCAAUUCCUUCUAUGUGUAAAUCAUUCCUAAUUGCAUUGGCCAGUACUUCCAUCAUUAAAGCAAAUAAUAUUUCGGACAACCCUGUCUCGUUCCCCGGCUUAGGGUCAUUGUUUCUGUAAUGCCAUCAUUUGCAAGUAUUUUUGCUGUAUUUUCUGAAUAUACUUGAUCGAUUACUUUCUUAAACUUUUUCCCAAUUCCAUCUCUUCAAUUAUGAUCCUCAUUGUUGGCCAUACCACACAGUCAAAGGAUUUAAAUAUAUAUAAUGCUCAAAUGCUUGCCGUUCAAUUUUGCCUCUAUAUAAUAGUUAAUAUUUAAAACUCACCUUACUACAUCUGACAUUUUUCACCCUCUUAUAAAUCCACAUUGGUCAUUCUUUAUAUAUUUAUCUAUAAAUUUAUUCCAUCUAUGUACCAAUGUCGCUGUAAAAAUUCUAGCAUCUUGAUUAAUAAGAGAUAUUGGUCUCUAAGAUCCAGGGUUUCUAAAGUCUUUGUUAGGCUUUGCUAUCAGUACUAUCAUGGAUUGUCUCCAAGAAUUUGGAAUUGUUACCCCUUCCAUUCUUUUAUUAAACAUCACUUUCUUCUUAGGGACUAGUAAUUUUUUAACUUUCUUAUAAUAAUAUUCAACACCCAAUCCAUCAGAUCCUGGUGCUUUACCUCUUUUUCAUUUAUUAAUAUCUUCCAAUGGUUCUUCUUCUUCUAGCUGAGGUUCCGUAAAUUCUUCAUCCUCUUCUCGAAUUUUACAACUUACAUUCUUUUCUCUAUACAUCUGACUUUCUUUCAAAUCUAUUUCAUUUCCCAUAAAUGGCUUUUCAAAAAAUCUUUGAAAAAUUAAAAGAUUCUCUUUCAUCUUAGUACACCUUUCCCCUUUUCCCUUCUCGGUUACUCCAAUUAAACUUUUUGCCUUUUUAACUUGUGUGGCUCUGGCCAACAUUUCAGAAUUCUUAUGACUACUUUCAUAAAAUUCUUUUUUCAAAUCUAUUCGAUUUCUUUGAACUUCUUCUAUUUCAAUAUGGUGUGAGUCUUUCCUUUUAGCUGUCAAUGCUAACAUAAUUUUAUUUUCUCUACUUUUUCUCUAAUUCUUGAAUUUCUUCUUCCAACUUUAUAUAUUGUUCUCUUUGGAUUUUUUAUAUUAUAUGAAGAUUUUAUUCCUCACCCUCUUACCACUGCUUUCAUUGCAUCCCACAUUACUCUCAUAUUACUACCUCCUUUUCCAUUUCUUUUCCAUAUUUCUUUUAAUUCUUAUCCAUUUUUUCUAAAAUCUUCUCAUGAUUAAAAAUCCUCAAAUCUAUUCUCCCCGUUUGCCUGUUUAUAAUCACAUUUUAUUUCCAUUUCCAUAGUGACCAUUGCAUGCUCUGAUAUUUUAACUACUUGUAUAUCCGCAUCUGUUAUCUUAGACAAUAUUGCUGGCGUUACAAAUGUAUACCCUACUGGCUCUGAAAAGUCGUAGCGAGCAGCCCGUAGUGCAGCAUCCUUUGCCCAGAGGGGAUCCUGCCCUUUGGGGUGAUUGAGCAAUGCUGCCACUGCUAAGCUGGGCUCUCCCAGGUGACUCAUGUCUUCUUUAGCUGCUUGCAGAGUGUUGCUGGUCGGGGUUGAUGUGAGUUGUAGUCUGGAGGGCACUACAUUGCUCCCUCCGGGGCCUUGUUUGGCAUCUUCCCCCCUCUCUGAGGGCACUUUUUUCUUCAAGUCCUCUCUAAAAUUCUCCCAGUCCCCUGCACCAUUUCUAACAUUUUCUGCUUGCAGCUCCCGAAUCUGCAGGGAUGGGUACUGGGUAAGUCACUAUUCUCACACACACCUCUCACUCUGAUUGUAAACUCGCAACGACCCUUCUUGGUCUCUGAGUCCGCCAAUGUCUCUGGAUCCCUGUGUUUAUGUGGACUGUGUUUUGGGCGUGGGGUGAAAGCUCUGUGCACCAAGCACUUCAGCAGUGGGAAUGUGGAAAGACCUUAAGGGUCGUACACAGGAGAGGGCUGAAAGCUGUUCCCUGAAGUCCAAGACUGCAGAACGUGCAAUUGCGCUCCUGAAAUACGUGGCAGGAGGGCUGGUUCUGGCAGAGCCUCAUGGAGAAGUUUCGACCUGGGCCAUGAAGUGCCGCAUGAAUGCAGUUCUCUGAAUGCUGCCUAGGGAGUGGGGGGGGGCACGUGUCCCCCACAGGACAUGACAAACAGGGCCUCCCUCCUUUCCCCCUCAGGUAUUCCAUCACCAGAGCUGCCGACAGGCCGCACCACCGCAGGAUUCAGACCCUUCUGCAUCCUGCACUCAGAGAGGCCAAGGAAGCCCUUUCUGCUGCCCGCAGAAACCCUAGCAAGACCACGGGGCGUCCUGUUGGUGCCCUCGCUUGCAAUCCCUUCCUCCAGCUCCUCCCGCCUGCAGCCUCCUCCUGCCGUCCUCUUUCACCACCUGAGCACCAGUCAAGGUGCUGGUGAUGACGGACAACCCCCGGGCAUUUAGGGGCCAGAGCGCUGCAAGGAGCAGCUGCUCCCAUGCGUUCCUUAGUUCCCCCCACUGGUACCCCUCCGUAGACCCUCCUGCUCACUGAAAUCCCAGGGAUGGUGGAGGACAGGGGCUUCUCUGCAGUGGCACCCCAUUGUUUGCGCCUCCUAAUUUUUCUUUAUUUCUGACAUAUUCCGUGGAACGAUGCUUGGUAACCUGAGAGCCACGGCUGGGAAGACCGACUGCGCCAGACCUUUGGGGACAGUGAAGGAAGAGCAAACGGGCCUGAGAGACCAGCUGUCUGAGACACGAGCUCCUGAACCCACCCAGCCUGGCAAGCAGAGCCUGUGAAGCGGAGCCCUGGAACCAGAGCCCCCCAGCCAGAGCCCUGCAAACAGCGUCCCUUCAGCAGCAUCUCCCUGUGCAGUUGGCGGCUUCCCACUGGCGGGGACAAGGCGGCUGAGGGCCGAGAGUUGAUGGACUGGCGUGUGCCCUUUUGGGCCCCCCGCUGCUGGGAGAGGGGGCAGAACCCACGACUGGCAACCGACUUUGGGGCUGAUGAGCAACAUUUGUGCAUAGAAUGGAUUAAAGCCAUUAGCCAAGA